GUCCCGCACGCGUCCGCUUACCACCACACCGAUGGCCUCUCCUCCCUACACUGACCCGACCCAUUGACGAGAUUGUGCACAGAAUGUCGGUGGCAGGCAGAAGACCUGGCGGCGCGUCGUCGACCACGACCACGAGCGUCGAGCUCGCAUUGCUUCCCAGUCUGAGGAGCUGUUUGGUCAAUCUGCCGGCCUCUCUGGUGGCUCUACUGCUCAACGCGAACACAGUCGCGCAGAAUGUCGUGGUUGAGCUGCAGUACCGCCAGGCUCAGCCGACCGGUUCAGAUGGGAAGCCGAGGCCAGCAACAACGCAGUCGGUGUUUGUGGGGUGGACUGGUAUGCAGUCGCAGUCGAAGCCAACACCCGUGAUCGGACGCGAUGGAGUUCGAGGUGGCUCGCAGGAUAGAGAGUUGGCGACUGUCGAGAUCGAUGCCACUUUCGCAAGACGACUGGGCUUGAGCGCGGGCACGAAGGCUAGCGUAUCGCUGCAUGUAGAUCCGCCGCAAGCCCAUACUGUCAAUAUCGAGCCUCUGACUGCUACCGACUGGGAGAUCAUCGAGCUUCAUUCGUCUUUCCUCGAGAUGAAUUUUCUCUCCCAAGUCCGAGCUCUCCCCAAUCCAGCUGCUGGGCAUAUGCACCCUCUGACACUGCACCUUACGCCCACAUCUACUGCUAACAUCACAGUCACAUCUCUUACCCCCACGCCAGCAAGCACACAGAACUUUGUCAAGAUUGCGCCAGAUGCGGAGGUGAUAGUGGCUCCUAAAACGAGGCAGUCGCAGAAGCAGGGCAGCUCCAGAGACAAUCGAAGCACCACUAGCGCGGGCAGACGAAGUGCCGGCGGCAGAAGCACGACCAGUCAAGCCAGGCAUAAGAGCGAGAAGGAGAUUGAAAAGUCGAGACCUCCAAUCUUUCUCCGAGGUGUCACCAGAUCGCUCCAGAACGAGUGGUUCGAGGACGGUGGCGACAGUCUCAAAGACGAGGGGCUCAAGAUUUGGGUUGAUCGCGAGCAUCUGCUUUCCAAGACGUUGAGAGGCGUGACUUGGGUGGCAGUAUCUGUAAUCAAGCCCGCGGGCUUGCAAGAGCCGGUGAAUCCGCAGAGUGGACCUGCACCUGAUCAGCAACAUGCUCAGAAAGUGGUUGCGAAGCUAUCGGCGUGGGACGAUGCUCCAGAUAGCAGACAUGUCGCGCUUUCUACGCUGCUGUGUGCGGCGUUAGACUCCGUUGGAAUUGUCGGUGGUAUCGUACGGAUUGAUCCCGCUCCAGCACCACUGCCACGAACUGCUUCUGCGCUGAAGGAUCCAUCGGCUCAAGCGAGCAAAGAAGCAAUCGUCAAGAAGCUGCGGCUUACCCCUUUUUCGCAGUCACCAGCCGAGAAGAAGGCGACAGGUCUCAAAUUUGGUGGCGAGUCGCAAGCAGAAAAGGAGGCUAGUGCAAAGCAAGUGCAUAAGGCAUUGUCAGCGAACAAGAUACUAGAGGGACCUCUGACGGAUGGCAUGUACAUUCCUCCUUCAGACAGCUGGCCUGGCGGUAUCUUGGACUUUGAGCCUCCGCCACCGGGCGACCCUUCGAAGCCGAAGACGAACUGGCUGAUUGGAUCUGAAAGGAGACUUGAGCUGUCGAUACAGCAGAUGACGGCACAGCAGAAAGGACCCCAAUGGCCACCCGGCCAGAACUUGCCGGAGACCAUUCCAAGCAUGGUCGGCAUAGAUCCCGUGAUUGAGCAAACUCGCAAGAGCUUACUGCACACUUCUUCGGUACUGCUGACUGGUGGUCUUGGAGCUGGAAAAACUUCCUUGGUGCAUCUGCUGGCACACCAGCUUCGCAGUGAAUAUCUUUUCAACAUCAUCUACUUUCCCUGUCGAGCCAUGUUCAGCGACGAAACACGAGUCAAGACUAUCAAGGAAACCCUGAAUCGGGUUUUUGCCUCAGCGUCUUGGGGAGCUCGGAUUGGCGGCCGCGCACUCGUGAUCUUAGACGACCUGGAUAAAAUGUGCCCCGUGGAAACCGAACUCGAGCAGCAAAGCAACGUCAACAGCAAGCAGGUCAGUGAAUUGCUAUGCUCGAUUGUUCGUCAAUGGUGUACGAGAGACAGCGGCGUGGUCAUGCUCGCUACUGCGCAGAGUAAAGAGGCUGUCAAUAACAUCGUGAUCGGAGGACAUGUGGUCCGCGACAUUGUCGCACUCAAAGCACCGAGCAAAGACGGGAGGAGAAAGGUGCUCGAAUUGCUUGUCAAAAAAGCCAACCAGUCGGGAAAUGGUGGUGCUGCAGCGACUGUGGUGCAGAACGGUGGACAGCUCAACGCGUGGAUGGAGGACUCGGAUGGCGAGCAAUCGAGGCCGAGCUCCGCAUACGGGCUAGGGGGAGCACAAGAGAAGGAGGAGGAGGAUGAGGAGGAGCACCCAGAUCUGGAUCUGCUGGAUGUUGCUGGACAGACUGACGGAUAUAUGCCUGGUGAUCUAGCUGUCCUCGUCUCUCGUGCUCGUAGCGAAGCACUGAUGCGGGCAGUGAAAGAGGACUCUUUCUCCGAUGAAGUCAGUCUGACCGACAUAGACUUCACUUCGGCGUUGAAGGGAUUCACCCCAGCUUCUUUGCGGGGCGUCACGCUGCAUUCCUCAACUACGACAUUCGCCAACAUCGGUGGCCUCAAGGAGACGCGACAAACACUCUUGGAAACUCUGCAGUACCCGACUACUUACGCGCCCCUCUUUGCCAAGUGUCCCCUGCGGUUGCGCUCUGGUCUGCUGCUAUAUGGAUAUCCUGGAUGUGGCAAGACGUUGCUCGCGUCUGCUGUAGCUGGCGAGUGUGGCCUCAACUUCAUCUCGGUCAAAGGCCCUGAAAUCCUGAACAAAUACAUUGGUGCAUCGGAGAAGAGUGUACGAGAUCUUUUCGAGCGUGCAGAAGCCGCAAAACCCUGUGUGCUGUUCUUCGACGAGUUCGACUCUAUCGCACCCAAGCGUGGACAUGACAGCACCGGUGUCACAGAUCGUGUUGUGAACAUGCUGCUUACCAUGAUGGAUGGUGCAGAAGGCUUAUCUGGCGUGUACGUGUUAGCUGCAACAUCACGGCCAGACCUGAUCGAUCCGGCUUUGCUACGUCCCGGCCGUCUCGACAAGUCACUCAUAUGCGACAUGCCCAACGAAGAAGAUCGUCUCGACAUCUUGCAAGCCGUCAGCAGUAAACUUCACCUCCUCCCCGAUCUUUCCAAUGAACACAACACCGGUCCCGAAUCACUCCACGAAGUCGCCCGCCGCACCGCAGGUUACUCCGGAGCCGAUCUCCAAGCAGUAAUGUACAACGCGCACCUCGAAGCCAUCCACGACAUUCUCGGUCCCUCUGCAGAAACAGCCAGCAGCAGCCUCGAAUCCGAACAGAAGAGCAAAUCCAAAUCCGGUCGUCGCAAUCCUCAAGAUUUCACAUACUUCAAACUAGGCCAAGUCAACAACAACAACAUCUCUCAGGAUACCUCUUCUCCUGCUGCUCUCGCCCAACAAGCCGCCGAACGAGCCGUCAUUGCAGAAAAAUUAAAAAAUCUUCAACUGGUCAAAAAGAAAGCUAAAGCUGAACGCCACGCUGCCAGACCUGGAAGUGCCAUGAGUCAUCAUCAUCAUCAUCAUCAUCCGGAUCACAUCAAUGGACAACUUCCUGAUGGUGGUGGUGGUGAUCGCUCGAGCGCACAAAACUCCGAACCGGUGAUUAGUUGGAAACACGUCGAAUCGAGUUUACGCGAGACAAGAGCGAGUAUUAGCGCACAAGAACAACAGAGACUCGCGAGGAUUUAUCGCGAAUUUGUGGUGGGCAGAAAUGGGGAUUUGCAGGAUGGUCAGGGCGGGUCGGAGAUUGGGGGGAGGACGAGUUUGAUGUAGAUAUGGGACUUUUGAGAUUUUUCAAAUGGUCUUGGACUUGACUUGAUAGGUAUAUAGGUUGAAAGACCUUGGUAGCCUUUUUCUUACUUUGG